AAUAUCAACCACACACGACCGGACCGGACGAGAUCUCGGUUCGUCAAUUCACGCGACCGGAUCAACGAAACUUUUGGGCGUAGACGCCUAGCCACCACGAGCAAGUGAAGAAAACCCAUUAUACACUUCCGACGAUGGGGCGCUCACAGCCGCGGCUGGGAGCCUGGGAUUCGUUGUGGAUGCGGCGCCUGUCUUCCAGACUGUCACAGAGUCGUCCGGCAUCCCUCACAGGCCGGUGGAUGGCCUCAUCUUCUUCGAUUUCGCGGGGUCAAAGGAGGCUUCUAUGGCAAGAGCUACUCGAUCGUCCUCCAGGUUUGCUGUUUUGGAUGGAACUGCCUGAAGCUGCCAAGGAGUUCCCCUCUCAGGUUGAAAUCCAAGGGGCCAUGAUUGCGGACAUUUCAAAACUAUGCGAUGCUGUUGUAGCCUGGUGCGAUGCUCAAGAAGAAAGGCUCAAGAAACCAUUCAUGGACCUCCCAAUUUGGGACCUGUAGCUACACCAUCUAAUUUAUUCUCUGUGUCAAGCAUGAGCUCAUCUUUUAUGAACGUUUUUUGGAGUUGUUUUUCAAAUUAACCAAAACUGAUUUAGCUUUCCUCAGUUUAUAUUUCAAAUGUUGCUAGAAUUUGGCCUGCACGUUUUGUGUUUAUAGUUUCACCAGCGUAAAUGUAUUUUCGUAUGAGGAUGGGACUGAAUGGUUCUGUUAUAGAACAAAUUGCAAAAAAAAAAAAGC